GGCGAAGGAGAAAUCCAAGGGGCAAGGGGCGUGGCGGAGGCUAGCGAGGGACAGCUUGAGAAAUGGAGAAGAGUAUUUGUCACGUAUCUGCGUCGUGCUGUUUGCUUGCUUCCUCAAUCACCAAUAACAGCAUCUCCUUGUCGCCUCCUCUUCUUGGCUGUUCGUGCAGCAUCGUGCUGCGUGUGUCGUGUGCCUUACCUCGCAUCUAAAGUGCGCGCCCCACCGCUUUCCUUUCUCUUCCUUCUCGAGCACGACUGCAACCGCCGGGAUGCUAGCAAGGUAACGGUACUUUGCGGUUCCAAGCCUAGCCCAAGGAGGAAUAUGUCCUCGAGGUCGUCCUCAAGCAUGCGUGCGACGUCAAACUCGUCUCUUGAACUCAAGGCUCUUCCCGGCAAAGGUCGCUCCCUCAUCUGGUCUCCCCUCGACCAGGAUACGGUGUGUCGGGCAGGUACGCCCCUCCUUACCCUAGACCCCAUCGCAGCCGUCCUCGACACGAGCGAGUUAGAUCUGCGGUGUGCCCAUUGCUACCGAACAGCUGCUGAAAGUGACGGCGAGAAAAGUAGACUAAAGAGGUGCAAAGGCUGUCAGACGAGCCGGUACUGCUCCACCGAGUGUCAGAGAUUGGAUUGGGCAUUUGUGCACGACAAGGAAUGUCGCGCACUACAGGGUUGGAGAGUUGCGGCAGAGAAUUCGAUAAGACGAGACGGUGCUGGCCCUUCAUCAUCGAGCAGCACAUCCUGUCCCUUCGUGAUACCCGAUACGCGCAAUCGCCUCCUCUCCCGUCUUCUCUGGACUGACUCGCUCCACGAAAGGCAACAAGGUCUAGCCUCCUUUGACGACCUAGAAUCGCACAUGUCCACCAAGAUGCAAGACCCAAGCGAGCAAGCCAUCAUCCUCCGUCUCGCACAGGGCGUACUCCGUUUCGCGGGCAUGGGCCUCGGCCUGCGGCAUGAUGAUGUCCCUUCACCCACUUUACUGGGCCAGCUGGGCUUAACAAGCUUGACAGGGUUGGUCAAGUUAAUCUGCCAGUCGCACGCGAACGCUUUCCUCCUCACUACAGGUGAUCAAUGCGCCAUUGGCCUAGCCGCUUCGCCUGCUAUCGCUAUGGCCAACCACUCUUGCAGGCCGAAUGCUGCCCACUCCUUCCCCUGGGGCCCAUCCUCCUCUUUCCCCAAAGUAGGAGCCAGUAAGGGGGCAAUGCGACUGGUUGCCAUUCGGGAUAUCAAGCCUGGAGAAGAGGUCACGACGGCGUAUAUCGAUGUGGCAGAUCCGUACGAGGCCAGGACACAAAAGCUUCAGAGAGACUACUUUUUCGACUGCGUGUGCGAGCUCUGUGCAGGGGACAAGAGGAAAUCAGAGGCUUGGGCACGCCGAGGUUACAGCCCUACACCAGAUCCACGCGACGCGCUCUGGUGUCCUCGAUACCCAGCGUGCAAAGGAUGGAUCGCUCGCCCUUCCUCUGGGUUCACACGACCAACGACACUGCGAUGCUCUUCUUGCGCCACAGCCCGCCAGAAUCUCGAUGCUGCAGAGCUUCUCCGUCAGCUCUCGUUGCUGCAGAGGCAAGCAAAGACGCUACUGAGCGUCGCGACGGCAUCCGACUCUUCCAUGUCGACACGAGAGCUGCUACACCUCUGGACCGAGUCGUAUCGGCCCCUGCUUGAGGGCCUCGCACCGAAGAUGCUGCCAAGCUCCCUGCCCCUUAAAGAAGUGCUACACGCAGCAAAGGACGUCCUCAGCCAGCUGUACGGACGCCUCGAAGCGGAAGGGGCCGUCAACAGCGUAACAGCAGACGACGUGAUAGACGCCGGAGCACGGCUGGCCAUGAUGGACGCAGCAGCCCUGGGCUUCGCUUUAGACGACGCAACAAGCAAGAGCGAGCCAGCACUCUACUCACGAGGUCAUCCUGGUCGCGGCGUACAACUCUGUCUUGCAGGGCGGUGGCUUUUGUCGGCUUCGUCGCCCUCUGGCUGUAGCUCCUACCCGCCUUCCAGUCAGUCGUGGUCGCGCCUGCUCUCCCCAAAGCUCUUCCCUGUGCAAGGGCCUUACGCAGAUGCCCAAGCGGACUCCAAUAUGUCUGCGAUGGAGACGGCAGAGGUGCGAGCAAAGUGGGCACGAGCCGUACUGGAAGAGGCAGAACGGUCAGCCAGAUUGGGGUACGGUGAAGAUGUCCAGGGCGGCGAAGUCGGCAGAAAUGCGCGGCAAGCGCUGAAGGAGAUGGAUGAGGGGCGAAGAGUCACAGGUUCAGCUAGCAGGGGAUGUGCAGGAAAGUAAUUGCUCUUGUGAUUUUGCGGAUUCGAGAUCGAACAAGAUAGAAAAGGGGGAGUUGGAGUUGAUGGUGAUGUUAUCGUCACCGAG